CCUGAUGAUGUGAUGCCUUUGCCGCCAUCCGCACAGUUCCUGUGGCGCCAUGAGACGCCACUGGCGGUGAUCUGAGCUUUUCAAGCGAUGCUCGUGGCCGUCAAGGACUGCGUCUCUCUCUUGGUCUACUCCUUCACUUUCCUGCUGGGCCUCCCCGCCAACCUGCUGGUUCUCUUGGUGUACGCCCGCAAGGCCCGCAAGCGCGGCGCCACGCCCAACGUGGUCUACGCCCUCAACCUGUGCCUGGCCAACCUGGCGCUGGUGGCCUGGCUGCCCGUCAAGGCCCUGGAGACCGUGCUUCAGGACUGGAUGCUGCCGGCCCCCGUCUGCCCCGUCUACAGCUUCUUCCUCUUCGCCUCGCUCUACGGGAGCUGCCUCUUCAUCACGGCGGUGACCACGGGACGCUAUCUCAGCAUCGCCUUCCCCAUUAUUUACAAGCGAUACCGCCGCGUUCGCAUUUCCUGCUGCAUCAGCGCUGCCCUGUGGGCUCUGGUGCUGCUCCACCUCGGCGUGGGCCUGGUGGCUGAAGGCGGAGCCAACUUUGUCUCCGUUAAGGACGACGCGGCGGCGUGCUACGAUCACUUCAACGCCUCCCAGCUGACCGUGCUGCUUCCCCUGCGCCUGGAAAUGGCCGUCGUCCUCUUCCUCCUGCCGCUGGCGGUGUCGUCCUUCUGCACGCUGCGCUGCGUCGCCCUGGUGUGGCGCUCCAACCUGCGGCCCGUGGGGAAGAGGCGAGUCCUCGCCGUGGCGCUCUCCACGCUGGCGGUGUUUGUGGUGUGCUACGCCCCCUAUAACGCCUCGCACCUGGUCGGGUUCGCCCUGUGGGAGAACGUGGAGUGGAGGACCUACGCCAUGUUGACGAGUUCCUGCAACGUCUUCCUGGAGCCCGCCGUCAUGCUGAUGCUGUCGCCCGCCGUGUCCAGGGGCUUCAUGGGAAGGACGUGCGGAGGGCACAGCCAGUUCAGCCGCCACGGCGAAGGUCGCCAUCGCUGCACGACUCCCAACACUGUGGCCAACGUCAGGUCACCUGCGACAAUCACUGAGGGCACUCAGGCUGCUGCUCUAAGUUCCUAAGACUAAGUUCCUCAGGACUGAAAGUUACAAGAGUGAGUGUGAAGCACUUUUUUUUCCAACUCUAAAUCCAUUAAAUAGAUAUUCAACUCCUCAAAAUGUCCCAUCAUGUUUUGUACAAAGUUCCUCUGGCAAAGAGUAACAGGACUGAAAGUAACAGGAGUGAGUGUCGAGCACUUUUUUCAACUGCAGCAUUGGAACAUUCACACGCAAUUCCUUCAGGACUUGCCUCAUCUAGUUCAAAAAAGAGUCUAGCAUCCUUUACAGUGGACAUGUUUUUUGGUCCGUGUCUUUUGUCAGUGACACCUCUCUGAAGAACAAAAACAGCUCGGUUGCAAAAUGACUUUGUUGAUGUUUUCCUCAUUGUAAAAUUGAUGUAGUUGUAAUGCAAAAUUAUGAAAGAUAAACAAUGAAAAUAUGUGGCUUUUAUUUUGAAAUUCCGACAAGCCAUCCAGCAAAGUUUAAUAAAAAUAAAUAGCUGGGUUGCAAAUGACUUUGUUGAUGUUUUUCCUCAUUGUAAAAUUGAUGCAGUUGAAAUGGAAAAUAAUAAAACAAAUAAAAACAAUGAAAAAGUGGCUUUUAUUUUGAAAUUCCGACAAGCCAUCCAGCAAAGUUGAAG